AUGAAGCUCAAGAGCUACACGAAGACUGUGAUCCAGUGGACCUGUGACACAUGCAAGCGCGAGUGCAUCCCAGUGCGCGAAGAGAGUCGCUGUCUUUGUGGACACCGCUACAAGGAGCACCCGAGCAGCGCCGCAGAUCCACGCGUGAGGUCGCCCGCUGGGUUCCGUGCCUUUGCGUGCACUUCGUCCAAGUGCGCGUGCAAAAGCUUUUUCUACGUUGUGGCGGAGGGAGCCUGGAUCCUACGAUGCCGCUGCAAACAUAGGCACACGGAUCACGACCCGGGCGCCAAGCCGUUCGUCUGCAAGAAGCUCAAGUGCGGCUGCUCCGGAUUUGACAGUCCGUGGGUCUGCAACUGCGAUCACCCGUGGAGCGCGCACCGGCAGCACCGCGUCGAGAAGCGCUUCGACCCGCUGCAGUUGCUGCAGGCGCAGUGUCUGGCGCCGGAGCUCAACGCGGUGCAGCGGACGGAUCUGGAGGCCUCGCCGCUGGACUUGAGGCUCUGA